AUGGAGUCGUCGCGUAUAUUUGUUCGUGGCUUACCUCCCAAGUUCAGCGAAGAUGACGUGAGGAAGCAUUUUGGCAGCUUGAAGCUACCCGUCACUGACGUAAAGUACUUUCCCCACCGAAGAAUAGGCUAUGUCGGCUAUAAGACGCCUGAAGAUGCUGCAAAGGCGGUCAAGUACUUUAACAAGACCUUCAUCAAGCUCACCAAGAUCUAUGCAGAGAUUGCGCGGCCUAUCGCCGACAAGGAACUACCAAAGUCCCGACGACAGCAGAAGCUUGAGAAGAGCGCCCCGGUUAGCGACGAGUAUCGACCGCCACGGCAAGAGAACGACCUCAAGCGAAAGCGAGAGGAAGCCGAACAGGAUCCCAAGUUGAAGGAGUUCCUGGAGGUCUAUCAGCCGCCAUCUAAGACCAGUAUAUGGGCCAACGGCGACACACAGCUCAAUGAGCCGACUGCUGUCGCUGCUGAGGAGACUGUGCCGGAGGUUGUCGUUCCAGAGGAUGAGAGUGAUGACGAGUACCAAGUGAUCUCGAAAAAGCCAAAGAUUGCAGAAGAACCUGCGACCGCCUCUGCGGUCCCACAGCCCACAGCUACUGAGACGAGCACAACAGAGAUACAAGCUGAAGUGGCAGAUGGUGGCGAUGCUAUGGAAGAUAUACAGGGAGCGCCAAUUGUCGAACAAGGACCUGUGUCUGAUGUGGACUGGCUGCGAUCAAGAACAAACCGAGUUCUUGAACUGGUUGAAGACGACGAAGCACCUCCGACUCCGGCGACUACCACAACCAUACCACAAACGGCAGCUCCACAGACCCAUGUACCUGCUGCACCCUCCCCACACGUUGUUGAGGAGCAGCCGGAGCCACAACCUCAGGCGGAAGAGCAACCCGAUACUGUUGCUGCGCCUGAUGAAGAGGACAAGAUUCGUGAAACUGGCCGACUAUACCUCAGAAACCUGCAUUACGAGGUGACAGAAGACGAGAUCAAGGAGCAGUUCUCCAAACACGGAGCUCUUGAGGAAGUGCAUGUGCCGUUGAAGAAGGUAGAUGGCAAGGGCAAAGGCUUCGCCUUCGUACAGUUCCAGAACCCGAACGAAGCAGUAGAAGCGUACCUUGACAACGACAACACUAUCUUCCAGGGACGUCUUCUUCAUAUCAUCUCAGCAAAGGCGAAGAAAGACACCAAGCUCGACGACUAUGAGAUCUCCAAGCUGCCUCUGAAAAAGCAGAAAGAAAUCAGAAGAAAGCAAAAUGCCGUCAAGGCUACUUUCAACUGGAACUCACUUUACCUGAACGCUGAUGCGGUCAUGUCCACCAUCGCAAGCCGUAUGGGUAUCAGCAAAGCCGAGUUGCUCGACCCCACGUCAGCAGAUGCUGCAGUCAAGCAAGCGCACGCUGAGACCCACAUCAUUCAAGAGACCAAGUCAUACUUCGCGCAGCACGGCGUCGACCUGGAAGCUUUCCAACGCAGCGCAAAAGGUGAUCUUGCUAUCCUUGUCAAGAACGUACCUCAUGGUGUGACGGCCGAUGAGCUUCGCAAAUUGUUCGAGGAACAUGGCACCGUGACCAAGUUCUUGAUGCCACCCACAGGUAUGACCGCGAUUGUUGAGUUUUCCAACGUCGCGCAAGCAAAAACUGCGUUCAUGUCUUUGUCGUAUCGGAAGAUGAAAGACUCCAUUCUCUAUCUUGAGAAGGCUCCUAAGGAUCUGUUCAAGGAAGGUGUAGCAACCAACUUUGUGCAAACAACGCCGUCUGCACAACUUACACAGUCUACACAGCCUGGCACGAAACUUUCUGCAACCGACCUGCUUGUAGAUGCUCCAGAGCCCGAAGCAACAAACACCGCCACUUUGUAUGUGCGAAACUUGAACUUCUCCACGACAACUGAGCGUCUCACGGAGACAUUCAAACCUCUAUUCGGCUUUCGUAGCGCUAAGGUCAAGACGAAGAUCGAUCCUAAACGAGGCGUGCUGUCCAUGGGCUUCGGUUUUGUCGAAUUCAACAGCCCCGAAACUGCCACUGCAGCGUUGCGAGCCAUGGAUGGACAUGAUCUUGAAGGGCACAAGCUGCAAAUUAAAGCUUCCCACAAAGGUGCGGAUGCCGCCGAAGAACGUCGCAACGAGGAUGCCGCAAAGAAGGCGGCAAGCACGAAGAUUAUCAUCAAGAACUUGCCAUUCGAAGCCAGCAAAAAGGACGUUCGCGCUCUGUUCACCCCUUACGGCCAGCUUCGGUCUGUCAGAGUGCCUAAGAAAUUCGAUGCUUCUUCACGUGGUUUCGGUUUCGCAGAGUUCACCACUAAACGCGACGCCGUUAACGCCAUGAACGCAUUGAAGAACACUCACUUAUUGGGCCGUCGUUUGGUCCUUGCAUUUGCUGAGACCGAGUCCGAUGAUCCCGAGAAGGAACUGGAGAAGAUGCAACAGAAGGUGGGAGCACAGGCCAAUAAGGUCGCCUUGCAACGCCUUACAGAAGGUGGUCGCAAGAAAUUUAACGUUGCAGGCACUGAUGAUCUUGACGACUGA